AUAGCAUCUUGCUUAGUAGGAGAGUCUUUAGAGUCUAGAGAGAGCAAACCACACACUAGAUAAUCAUCUGAUAUUACCCCUAUGGCUCAAGUUAUUAAAGACUCUGAAGAUAAGAACAACAAAGGAUUACGAGGGAAAUUGAAUAAAGUUGUUCUGGCCUAUAGUGGUGGCUUAGACACUUCAGUUAUUGUGCCAUGGCUAAGGGAAAACUAUGGUUGUCAAGUUGUUUGCUUUACUGCUGAUGUUGGCCAAGGCAUAAAUGAGUUGGAAGGUUUGGAAAAGAAGGCCAAGGCCAGUGGAGCUUGUCAAUUAGUAGUGAAGGACUUGAAAGAAGAGUUUGUGAAAGACUAUAUUUUCCCUUGUUUACGAGCUGGUGCAAUUUAUGAGAGAAAAUACUUGUUGGGGACCUCAAUGGCACGCCCUGUUAUUGCUAAGGCGAUGGUUGAUGUUGCAAAUGAAGUCGGAGCUGAUGCUGUAGCUCACGGAUGCACAGGGAAAGGAAAUGACCAGGUCCGCUUUGAGCUUACAUUUUUUGCUUUAAAUCCCCAACUCAAUAUUGUGGCUCCUUGGAGAGAGUGGGAUAUUACAGGUAGAGAAGAUGCUCUUGAGUAUGCUAAGAAGCAUAAUGUGCCUGUCCCAGUGACAAAGAAAUCUAUAUACAGCAGAGAUGGGAACUUAUGGCAUCUUAGCCAUGAGGGCGAUAUUUUGGAAGACCCGGCCAAUGAACCAAAGAAGGAUAUGUACAUGUUGACUGUGGAUCCAGAAGAUGCACCAAAUGAACCAGAGUAUGUAGAAAUUGGAUUUGUCUCGGGACUUCCAGUUUCAGUUAAUGGCAAGGAGCUGUCACCAGCAUCACUACUCACUGAGCUCAACCAUAUUGGUGGAAGACAUGGAGUUGGCCGUGUUGAUAUGGUUGAAAAUCGUCUAGUUGGUAUGAAGAGCCGAGGAGUGUAUGAAACUCCUGGAGGAACAAUCUUGUUCACCGCAGCACGCGAGCUGGAGUCCUUGACUCUGGAUAGAGAAACAAUGCAAGUUAAAGAUUCAUUGGCACUCAAAUAUGCAGAGCUGGUGUAUGCAGGCAGGUGGUUCGACUCUCUUCGGGAAUCCAUGGAUGCAUUCAUGGAGAAGAUCACUGAAACAACAACAGGUUCAGUGACUGUGAAGUUAUACAAAGGCUCAGUUACUGUAACAAGCAGGAAGAGUCCAAAUAGUCUGUAUAGGCAGGACAUUUCAUCGUUUGAAAGUGGUGAUAUCUAUGAUCAAGCUGAUGCUGCUGGGUUUAUUCGGCUCUAUGGUCUUCCAAUGAGAGUUCGAGCUAUGCUUGAGAAGGGUAUUUGAAAAUUUUUAUUGUUUGUUAUGUAAUUUUUCCUAGAACUCUUGCAGUUUGUGGGAUUUUUUUUUUUUUUUUUUUUCUCCCUCGAGAAAAAAAGGCAUUACAAAUACUUUGUUGUGCUUAAAUGGUUGAAAAAUUUGCUAGAUAAUAAAAAU